AAGAUAACAUACACCAUAUAUACAUAUACGGUAGGUUCGUUUUAUCUUCAAUGUUCAUUGUUUCAAUCCAGAUAUAGAUGAAUGUAAAAAACCCUCCACGUGUUCCAACCCCAGGACUCAGUGUGUUAACACCGUGGGGAGUUAUGACUGCUUAUGUCGCGGCGGGUUCUACGGAAAUAAUUGUGAACGCAAUUGCCCGGUGGGCUUUGUGCAGGGGGACAGUAACUGCUAUUUGAUAACGGAGAAGAUGGUGACUUUUGACGAUGGACGUCUCAUGUGUGAAAGAGCUUACAACGGGUCACAUCUGGCUGAUGUUAAGGACAAAAGGACUUUCAAAUUUGUCACAAAAAUUCUCCAGGCCUCCGGAUCGUAUUGGACAGGUUUGAACGACCGAUCACAAGAAGGAAAAUUCGUCUACAGUGACGGGAGUCAAAUGUCUGCGUACAGCGAAUGGGGCAACGGUAACUCCCAGCCGACGUCUAAUGACCCAAUGAAAAACUGCGUCAUCAUGGACGGGUCGGCAGCGUUCAUGUGGUCAGUUGUUGACUGCAACGAGAAGCACCUGGCUCUUUGUGCGCUUAAAAGAGGUUAACAGAAAAGACUAACAUCGAGUAAAAAUAAUUCUGUAAGACCCACAUGU